AUGCCCGCUCCUGGGUCACGGAGAAGCUAUAGCCUUAGCCGGGGUCCAGAGGAGGAGCAAGCCUAGAGUGCGAGGUCUCAAGAAACCCCUGUUCUCUGGGCGUUGGUGGCGCACGCCUUUAAUCCCAGCCCCCGGGAGGCAGAGGCAGGCGGAUCUCUGUGAGUUCGAGGCCAGCCUGGUCUACUGAGUGAGUUCCUGGUCCUGCCAGAGCUGUGUCACACAAACUCUGCCUGGAAUACCAUCUCCACCCCCCACCCCCACCCCCAGAGGCAUUCCUUCUCUCCAGAGUCUGGCACUUAGACCAAAAGCUGCCCUGUCCGGCUUCCCUUCCCUAGGUACCCCAUGUUUGAAGAUGCCAGCCACAGCAUAUAAAAGAGUAGUUUAUAGGAGCCCCUCAGAGCACCACUACCUGAAAGUCUGCUUGGAGUUUCAAGAACACGGAAUUGGACUGAAUACAGCCCAAUUCAAACAGCUGCUUGUUUCGGCCCUGAAGGACCUGUUUGGGGAGGUGGGUGCUGCUUUACCUGUGGACAUCCUAACCUAUGAAGAGAAGACUUUGUCAGCCAUCUUGAGAGUGUGCAGCAGUGGUCUGGCUAAACUGUGGAGCUCUUUGACCUUGUUUGGAGCCUAUAAAAACAAGAAGUGUGCCUUCAGAGUGAUUCAGGUGUCUCCCUUUCUCCUGGCUUUAUCUGGUAAUAGCAGGGAACAAGUGUUGGAUUGAAUACUCCCACAGUCCCAGAAACUCUGCGCUCUCAACAGUGUAUUUUGAUGUCUGCAUAGACUGAAAAAGAAGCAGACUAAAG